AUGGGGCUCUUUCUUGGUUUAGUUUGUGUCUUCGCUCUUUAUGCUCCUCGGUGUCUUGGUGCUCCUCUGCUGCAGGUUGAGCGAGGAAAUGUCACAUUAGAUCUGGGCGAGAAACUCCAGGAUGAUGUAAUACUAGCAGAAAAAUACAUCGAACGCUUCUACAGUUUUCAGAAAGGUCCACCAGGUCAUAAGAAGAGAAGUCAUCCCUCUUUUUCUUCUAAACUGAAAGACAUGCAGAGCUUUUUUGGACACGAUCAGACAGGCAGUUUGGACACUGAGACACUGGAUGAAAUGAAGAGGCCUAGGUGUGGCGUUCCUGACAUUGAGGAAUAUGUUUACAACCGAGGCAACAGAUGGAAGAAAAACGUGAUAACUUACAACAUUGGGAAAUACACCAAUGAUCUACCUGUGAGUACAGUUGAUUCUUUGAUUGGAGCAGCUCUGGAUGUGUGGGCAAAUGCCAGCCCUUUACGGUUCUUCAGGUCUUCUUCUCAGCAAGCAGACAUUAUGGUGGAGUUUGGUUCCAAAUAUCAUGGAGACAACUACCCUUUUGAUGGACCUAAAGGCACACUAGCUCAUGCCUUUGACCCUGGAGAAGGCGUUGGAGGAGAUGUUCACUUUGAUGACGAUGAACUAUGGACAGCAGAUUCUCGAGGAUUUAGCCUGUAUUUGGUUGCAGCACAUGAGUUUGGACACUCCUUGGGUUUAAAGCAUUCUCAAAACCCACAAUCCCUCAUGUAUCCCACCUACAGAAAGCGUCAACCACAAAACAUGCUUUCGAGUGAAGAUAUUUUGAACAUCAACGCACUGUAUGGUCCGAGCGUUACAUCACCUUAUUACCCAAGGCUGAAUUGGAACAAUCUUUUCAAAUCUUGGUACUCUGGCUAUUAUUAUCCAAGGGCAGUAAAAGACAAAUGCAAUCCUGACCUGUCUUUUGACUCUGUUACUAAUGUAGGAACAUCCAUUUUCUUUUUCAAAGGCCGGUAUUUAUGGAUCAGGGAUAAUAAACAUGGCAUAAAAGAGGGUCCCAUCAACACUUUCAUUCCAAAAAUAAAUUCAUCCAUUGAUGCUGCGUACUGGCUUGGAAAAAACUCUACUACCUUCCUUUUCCGUGGUUCCAGCUAUUGGACUGUGAAGGACUCUCGGAUAAAAGGCUUGCGUCAAAAAAUCAGCAGCUUUCAUUUCCCAGCCUCAGUGAGCCACAUAGAUGCUGCAGUCUACAUUCCCAACACAGGCCACAUCUUAUUCUUUACUCUGGACCAUUACUGGAGAUAUGAUGUGAGACGGCAAGCCAUGGAUAAAUCUAACCCGCACAUCAUCGCAGAGGAUUUCCCAGGCAUUAAGACACCCAUCAGUGCAGCUUUGUAUAAGCAUGGUUUCAUUCAUUUCUUUGUUGGAGCUGAGGUGUACAAAUAUGAUGUAAAGAGAAGGAGUGUUGUUGGGCUUAAAAAAGCUAAUUCUUGGCUUGGAUGUUAAUGAAGAUUUAAAAAGAAUUAUAGGCUGUAAGACUUUAUCUGUAAGAACCUAAGCUGUAUUCUUUGCUUAGAAUUGUACAAUUGUACAAAAUGUGUUAUGUAGUGUGUUAUUGUGCACCUAAUUUUUAGAAAAU